GCCUUUGCGACCCUUUGGUCAUCCUGGGCUGAGACCUGUUUGUUGCACGCUCAGCAAGAGAAUAACAACAAAAAUAAACAUAAAAUGAACAGAUGCAUCCUUGGAGUAAAAAAAAAAAAAGAAUUCUUUCUCAUACUCGGGAAUACCAGUUUUCAUGGUAACGCCGCGUCCUGCAAACCAAAAUGGGGGAUGAACAGCCGUAAUAGGUCUUAUACCAGGAGGCAGGCACCGCUCUUCUAACCGGCGAGAUCCAAGAAUGACAACACCACCACCUCCACGGGUUUUCCCGCCAACGCGCCCCUCAGAGCUGCUGUCAUCAAUCAUAUCGCAAUGUGUGUACCCGACGACCCUGAUGAUCUGCAGCUCCCGGGGUGAUUUCAUGGCCGCACUCGUCGACGAUCUCCGGACCAGCGGGCAUGACCAAAGGUCAGGCUCCCGUGAAACGGCGCCGUACACAGAUGAGCGCCGUGCCAAGCACGAAGAUAUCAUCAAGGGGAAAGGGAAGGCUAUAGAAACUCAAGGGGAGAGUCCUAAGGCCUUCAUUGUCGACGAUGGCCAACGAAAGGCCCAGCUGCUCGCAGCGCCACUGUUUCAAGUUGCCAUCUCCCGGCAUAUCCGCGUGGUAUUUGUGCCCACCGUGUCGCAUCUGCGAGCCUUCCUGGCAGUCUUUUCACCAAUGGACUCGGCAUCCAAGGUCCGCCCACCACCAGCGCCGACGCGAACGGACUUGGAGGUGCCUGUCGUGCGUGAGCCGCCGCGGCUGCUCGUAUACGACUUCUUGGCUCUUCACCGCGAAACCAGCGAGUGGAGUGCUCAGGGCAUCGGCUUCACGGCUGCGGGUCUGGUCGAGGCUGCACACAGGAACAAGCUCGCUGCCGUCAUCAUGGAGGCGCAGUCUUCUGUAGCACCUGGCGCUGCAGUCGAUAGCUUUGAACGCCUGGCGACGGAGGAGAUUCCUGUCUUGAGCGUGGCCGCGCGGCGGCUUGGCCAAGAUGGGGAAGUUGGGCAUUGGACAGGGAGAACAGUGUCGACCGAGAGGGUACUCAGUCGAUGGUUUCGUUUUCAGCGGCAAGAGUCGUUUCAGACAUACCCGUUAGAACCUAACACCAAAGAUACGCCGUCUACGGAGCUGCGAGCUUAAUAAUCUUGCAAGAAAGGGUCAUUACAUUUAUUAGUCAUACACAAAUUCAAUCCCAGCAUGUCUAGCCCAACUCCAAACUCCUGGUAUACCAGACCCCAUGACCACAUCGAGGUGCCCAAAAUAAGAAUGAAUAGCAAGAAACACAGUCAUAGUAUCGCCCAACACCGCUCUGUCGCUCAUAAUGACUGCUCCAUCUCCGUCAUGUAAAGCUUAAUGUGUGCCUCCAUCUUGAGGUACUCAUCCUGGGCAUUGUGGACCUCUUGCUCAAUUUGUUCUUUCAGAUCAAGCAUCUGUGAAUGACGGGUAAAGAUUGGUUAGUGUUUUGUCGUAGAAUAAUGCAAACAAGGGUAGUGAAUGAAGAAUGACAUGCCUUUUUCUCC